GAAAGUGUUGACUAUAGACGACCUGGGCAACUUGGAAGCCAGAGUGUUGAUCCAAGAGGACGGAAAUUUGUGAAACGCUUGGUUGAUAUACGAGAACUCAAUGAACAAGCAAAAGUUAUUGAUGAUCUCAAAAAACUUGGGGCAAGCGAAGGAACCAUAAACCAGGAAAUUCAGCGCUAUCAACACUUGGAGUCAGUGGCAGUAAAUGACAUCCGCAGAGAUGUUCGAAAGAAGCUGCGCAGAUCUAGCAUGAGGGCAGCCUCCUUGAAAGAUAAAUGGGGUCUUGGAUAUAAACCAAGCUACAACCGUUCCAAGAGUAUCACUGCUUCUGGAAGACCACCUCUGAAACGAACAGAAAGAGCCAGUUCUAGAGUAGAUGGUGAAGAGCUUCCUGAAAUUCGUAUUGAAGCUGCUUCUCCUGCAGGUCCAAGAGUGACAUUCAACAUUCAAGAUAGCUUUCCAGAGGAGGUAGAUGGUGAUCUGUUGUCAGUUACCAUUGAUGGUCCAUCUCAUUACUCAUCCAUUAGUGAUGGUGCACAUCCUGUGUUCAGUUCCCCAAACACCCCACUAGUGUUUUCACCAGGCAUUCCUUUCCAGACUGAAGAAAAACGAGAAGAUACUUCUUCCUCAUCCUCUGAGGAGUCUGAAAAAGAGGAAGACCAUGAAAGGGAGAAGAUGUAUAUAUACAGGAAACCUCAGCAAAGUAGUCGCAAGAAAUCCUCUGGAUUUGCUGCAGUCCAUCAACUUUUCACAGAGCGUUGGCCUAGCACACCAUCCAACCGCAAUGUAUCCAGCACUACCACUGAGAGAAAUAUAGACUUUGAACUAGACAUAAGAGUGGAAAUUGACAGUGGUAAAUGUGUGCUGCAUCCCACAACUCUGCAACAGGACCAUGAUGAAAUCAGUUUGAGAAGGAGUUAUGACAGAAGCUCACGUAGUCUUGACCAAGAUUCUCCAUCUAAGAAGAAAAAAUUACAGAACAACUAUGCAUCUACCACUCAUCUACUGGCUGGAAAGAAAGUGCCAUCAUCUCUCCAAACAAAGUCAAGUGACUCAGAAACUACAGUUUUUUAUAUUCCUGGAGUUGAUGUGAAGUUGCAUUACAACUCAAAAACACUGAAAACUGAAUCGCCAAAUGCCUCAAGAGGAUCAUCUUUGCCAAGAACUCUUUCAAAAGAAUCCAAGUUGUAUGCCAAAGGAAAGGGAAGUGGUGGAGUGAAAACAGCAAAAUUGUAUGCUUGGGUAGCACUGCAGUCUUUGCCUGAAGAAAUGGUCAUCAGUCCAAACCUGCUUGAUUUUCUGGAGAAGGCCUUGGAGACCAUACCCAUUACACCAAUAGAACGAAACUACGCUGCAGUGAGUGCUCAGGAUGAAGAUAUUGGACAGUUUGAUCUGCAGGAUCCAUUGGAGGAGUCAACUACCUCAUUAGUGUCCUCUUCAACCUCUGCCUAUUCUUCCUUUCCAGUAGAUGUGGUUGUGUAUGUGAGAGUGCAGCCUUCCCAGAUCAAGUUUAGCUGCCUACCAGUUUCACGUGUUGAAUGCAUGUUGAAGCUGCCCUCAUUAGACCUAGUGUUCUCCUCAAACCGAAGUGACCUUGAGACACUGGGUUCAGCCCAUCCUUCUGAUGCUAAUAUUGGGAAUCUCUCCAUGCCAAGUGGAUCAAAAGCAAACCUGAACAAAUCUGGGAUGACAGGGUCAUCCUCGGGUCUAGGCAGCCCUCUUGGAAGGACUCGACACAGCAGCAGCCAAUCAGAUCUGACCAACUCAAGCAGCAACUCAUCAGGCCUGAGUUUCACAGCUUGCAUGUCUGAUUUCUCUCUGUAUGUUUUUCACCCCUAUGGAGCUGGCAAGCAGAAAUCUGGAGUCUCUGGUCUUACUCCAGGUUCCAGUGGUUUAGGACAUGUGGAUGAAGAGCCCACAUCAGUGACAGGCCGGAAAGAUUCUCUUAGUAUUAAUCUGGAAUUUGUCAAAGUCAGUUUGUCCAGAAUGAGACGUUCUGGUGGAACUUCUUUCUUUGAAAGUGUGUCUGCUAACAAAGCUACUAGCAAAAUGGAUACUACCUUAAUAAAUAUCUCAGCUGUCUGUGAUAUCGGUUCGGCCUCUUUCAAGUAUGACAUGCGUCGACUUAGUGAAAUUUUAGCAUUUCCGAGGGCAUGGUAUAGAAGAAGUAUCGCUAGACGCCUCUUUCUUGGUGAUCAGACUAUAAAUGUGCCUGCCUCUGGACCUGGGACUCCUGAUUCAGUUGAAGGAGCCAACCAGCAUCUCUCCCCUGAAUCUUCUCGCAAAGCAUAUUGCAGGACAUGGGAGCAGCCCAGUCAGUCGACCUCAUUCAGUCACAUGGCACAGUCUCCCAAUGUUUUCAGUGAUCACACUGCAAACAACAGUAUGUCUCCUGGAAUAGCAUCACACUCCUUGAAAUCGCCUGCUGUAACCAGAUCGAGAAGCGUUUCAGAUUCCUCCGUGCCACGCAGAGAUUCUGUCACCAAGACUUCAACACCAUCUUUCAGUAAAGCUAGUAAACCAUCCAGCCAGCAGGGGUCACCGUGGGAAACUCUGGUUGUGUUUGCAAUUAAUCUAAAGCAACUGAAUGUUCAAAUGAACAUGAGCAAUGUAAUGGGAAAUACAACGUGGACUACAAGUGGGCUAAAAAGCCAAGGUCGCUUGUCUGUUGGAAGUAACAGGGAUCGAGAAAUCAGCAUGUCUGUUGGGCUGGGGAGGUCUCAACUGGAUUCCAGAGGUGGAGUUGUAGGUGGAACAAUAGAUGUAAACACCCUGGAAAUGGUUGCUCACAUUUCAGAACAUCCUAACCAGCAGCCCAGCCAUAAGAUUCAAAUCACAAUGGGCUCCACUGAGGCUCGUGUGGACUACAUGGGAUCCAGCAUCCUUAUGGGAAUCUUCAGUAAUGCAGACCUUAAGCUACAAGAUGAGUGGAAUGUCAACCUGUACACACCCAUGGACACCAGC